CUCCUCCUCCUCCUCCUCCUCCCUCUCCUUCCCUACCCCGUUGGAGACCGUUAUACCGUCUCAAUUGAUCAAUCAGAUCAUCCGACAUGGCCUCUGUCAACGGGAGCUUCGUCUCCCCCUCGGCUGAUGCCGUCGUCUCCCCCAGGCUCUUUGAGCCCACCGGUCUGGUCGCCUCCGUCCUCGAGGGCUUCACUGUUUGGAAGGCCUUGUUGACUCUGUUUGUUGCCGCUGUCAUCUACGACCAAUUCCGUUAUCUCUGGCUCAAGGGCUCCAUUGUCGGCCCAGCAUGGAAGUUGCCUUUCAUGGGACCUUUCCUUCAGUCGGUGAACCCCAAGUUCCACGAAUACAAGGCCAAAUGGGACAGCGGUGAACUGAGCUGUGUAUCCGUCUUCCACAAGUUCGUUGUUAUCGCAUCCACUCGCGACAUGUCGCGCAAGAUCUUCAACUCGCCCACCUACGUCAAGCCUUGUGUUGUGGACGUUGCACAUAAGCUUCUUGGUGCCGACAAUUGGGUCUUCUUGGACGGCAAAGACCACGUUGAAUUCCGUAAGGGUCUCAACGGUCUUUUCACUCGCCAGGCUCUUUCCUUCUACCUCCCUCGCAUGGAAGAGGUCUACAACGAGUACUACGCCCGUUUCUUGCGCAUCUCGAAGGAGAACAACUUCAAGCCUACUCCUUGGAUGCCCGAAUUCCGUGAGCUCAUGUGCGCCGUGUCCUGCCGUACUUUCGUCGGUCACUACAUCACCGAAGAAGCUAUCCAGAAGAUCGCCGAUGACUACUACAUGAUCACUGCUGCCUUGGAGCUGGUCAACUUCCCCUUCAUCCUGCCUUACACCAAGGCUUGGUACGGCAAGAAGGCUGCCGACAUGGUUCUGGCCGAGUUCUCCAACUGUGCUGCCAAGAGUAAGGCUCGCAUGGCUGCUGGUGGAGAAAUCUCCUGUAUCAUGGACGCGUGGGUCAAGGCUCAGCAGGACUCCGCCAAGUACCGUGAGAAGAUCGCUCAGGGUAUUCAAGUCGACGCCAGUGAUAAGCCCGCCCAGGUCCUGCGUGACUUCACCGAUUAUGAAAUCGCCCAGACCGUCUUCACCUUCCUGUUCGCCUCCCAGGAUGCCACUAGUGCUGCCUCUACCUGGUUGUUCCAGCUUAUGGCCGACCGCCCCGAUGUUCUUGACAAGGUCCGUGAGGAGAACUUGGCCGUUCGCAACGGUGACAUCAAGGCCCCUCUGACCAUGGAGCUGCUUGACCAGCUGCCCUACACUCGUGCUGUCGUCAAGGAGACUCUGCGUUACCGCCCUCCCGUUAUCAUGGUUCCCUACUUGGUCAAGAAGGACUUCCCCAUUAGCGAGAACGUCACCGUGAGCAAGGGCUCCAUGAUCAUUCCCUCGGUGUGGCCCGCCUGCCACGAUGAGGAGGCUUACCCCAACGCCGACUCUUUCGACCCUGACCGCUGGAUCACUGGUACCGCCGAGCAGCAGACCAAGAACUGGCUCGUUUUCGGUACCGGCCCCCACUACUGCCUUGGUCAGACCUACGCCCAGCUGAACCUGAUGGCCAUGAUUGGCAAGGCUAGUAUGGAGAUGGACUGGGAACACACUCCCACUCCCGAGUCGGAAGACAUCAAGGUCUUUGCCACGAUCUUCCCUCAGGAUGAUUGCCUGCUUGCAUUCCGUCCCCGCCCAUGAGCGUUUCUGCCGUCUUCGCUAAAGCACUAAAGACGUCAGGCGCUGCAACGUCAGUUAUGCCGGAUUCUCCUGCCUUGCUGAAAAAAAGCAAGCGCCUGCUUCGUGACUACGGGCACCCUCUUCUGUCCUGGUGAUAGAAUGGCUGCAGGCAUUUUUUCUUUUGCCUUUCUGAACUGUAACUACUUGUAGUAUUGUUUUUCCUUUUUCCAAUCCUUUCUGAACAUUUUGGAUGGGAGUUGCGGACGGUCGACCUUUGAGGUACGGCCACUGGCCUCUGUCUGUUGGAGGCACCAACGCCGCGGACAGGGUGUCUGGAGUAACAUGAUAUCGAAACGAUCCAUCUGCGGUCGUCCGCUCCCGCGAUGAGCGACGCAUUGAAGGACAUGUCAUUUUUAGACCACGCUACCUAGAAUUAAUAAUAAUAAUGUGACAUCUGAGCUGCUAGCCAAGGAAUAGAAUACCAU